GUUAAUUUUAGAAAAGAAAUAGCAACCACUAUCCAACUGGUGAUCUUUCGGGGAAGCUCGAGCCGAUCCAUGCAUGUCUCCUUCCUCCGUUCCUUCGACUUUGCUUUUUCACACCUCUCUAUCUACUAUCUACUACUAUCAUUAUUUCCGACGAAAAUUCUGCGUUCCCCUGCAUGAAGUCAAAGUCGUCGUCCACGCGCCGCUGAUGUGCUCUUGUAUUGUAUGGCCGCAUCCUCUCCACUUUUCGUACAAGUUCUGCUCCCAGCCCGCUCGCCGCCGGCCACCAGCCAGCCACCAUGCAUCAUCUUCAUCCCUUGCUCUUCCUCGUCCUCCUCGCCGCCUCGCCUCCGGUCGCCACGGCGGCGACCUUCGACUGCGUGGGCGGAGUAUACAAGGCCAACAACACAUACGAGGCCAACCUCCGGCGCCUGGCCGCCGUCCUCCCGGCCGAGACCGCCGCCUCCAAGGGCCUCCAUGCGUCCCGCGGCGUGGGCUACUGGCCCAACCGGCCGCGAGCCUCCUCGCAGUGCUACUGGGGCGUCAGCUCCUCGUCCUGCGCCGCCUGCGUCGCCGGCGCCUUCCGGGAGGCCGAGAGGGCGUGCCCGUACGGCAAGAAGGCCGUCAUCUUCGCCCGCAACUGCACCCUCAGCCUUGCCGAUUUCCCUAGACCUCUCGGCUUCGGCACCAUCAGUUGGUUUGACCUCUUGGGUGCGGGACUCGUAUUUCAAGCAAUUGGAUUUGCAUGGCUUUUCUUCCUGCUUCUGCAAGAAUGGCGUGAUAAAAGAAGAGCCUCUAUGAUGCGUUAUAGCUCUCUUCCAUCUGGAGAUCAGUAGCUGAUCAGCCUGGUCAGAAUUAUUUUGGAGAUCAGCCUAUUCCCAACAAGAGGAAACACUAAGUUCGGGCUGUACAACAAUGCUCACAUGGUUACCUGAACCGUGAUUUGCUGUUUUUUUGGAUAAGAAUGGUUUAAUAUUGUCCUCCAAUUUGAUUAUUCGCAUUGGUUACGAACAAUUUCCAAGGUCCACUUCAUUCGUUCUGUUGUUUUCA